ACAAACACAUCAUUUUAUAGCCAAUAGACUGUUAACCUUUUGCUGGUUCAUCUUUUCUGACUGUUAGCCUGGUUCUACUUUUUGUUAAUUAUUGAAAGGAGAAAAUAUGAACCGAGUGGGUGGUAGAGUGUCUGCAUUUAUAAGAAGGGGUUAAAUGAAAAUAAUUAUUAUUCAUUUGAAUCAGUCUCAAAAUGAGGAACGUUUUCACAGCUCUAUUGAUCCUGCUAGUUCACACUGGACACUGCACCCUGGUUUCCAGCCCAGUCACAGUUAAACCAAAUGUCUGCACUUUGCCUGAAAUUGUCCAUGGCUAUAUAUUUAAUACAAAGAAUGAAUAUUUCCCAGAAGAAAUAUUAUAUUUUGCCUGUAAGACUGGAUACAAAUCAGACACCAGAAGUUGGUGGGGUGGAACGCACUGUAAAUUUGGAGAAUGGCAACCCACACCUAAAUGUAUUGAUGAAAGAACAAAUUGCCCUGACCCACCACGUGUGGAGAAUGCCAUAAUCACACAAUUACCUAAGCUCUUUGUUAAUCAAGACACCGUAGAAUAUGUCUGCAUACACACAAAUGAAAGGCACAACAUUACCUGUAUAAAUAGGACCUGGACGAGGGCACCUUCUUGUCCAAUCACAUGCUCCACAUUAAUACAGGAUAAAACAAUUAGAUUUACUCCAGAGAGACGUCAAAUCAGAAAACUGUGGAAUAAGUCAUAUUCAUAUUCAUUUCCUCAUGAAAAUGUAAUACAAUACUCAUGCAUUGAAGGCUAUAAACCAGAUACAAGAACAAAAAUAACCUGUGGUGUUAAGGGCUGGGAGCCAUCACCAAAAUGUAGUGAGAUAAUCUGUGAUAAACCAGAUAUACCCGCUGGAUAUGUCCAAAGUGGAAAAGCACAUUAUAAAUAUAAAGAAAGACUGCUGUAUACUUGUCAGAAAAACUUUAAAUCUACAGGAGUUAGUUCAACCUGUACAGAACAGGGAUGGAGUCCAUUACCAGUCUGUGAACCAUUUACAUGUGAACGGCCUAACACUGAAUAUGUUGGUAGUCCCGAUAAAAGCAAAUACAUCAUCGAUGAGACCAUUGAUCUAGAAUGUCCAAAGGGUUAUAAAACUCCAACUAAUGAACAACGAGAGACACUUACUUGUACAGAUUCAGGCUGGCAGCCAGCAGCGUUAUGUGAACCAAUCAUGUGCUCUACAAUUGAACAAGAUAAAAGGAUUGUGUUUACUCCAAGUAGACGUCCAGUUAGACAAGGGUGGUCAUUUUCACAUUUAUAUUCAUUUCCAUAUGAAGAAGUAAUACAGUACUCAUGCACUGAUGGAUUCAAACCAGAGACAAAAACACAGAUAACCUGUCGUCUCAAGGGCUGGGAUCCUUCUCCAAAAUGCAGCGAUGGAAGAUGUUUUCUGCCUCCUAAAAUUGACAAUGGAGACAUACAAGAUGAUAUUAAGUCAUGGUAUAAAGAUGGUGCAGAAGUACCAUAUCAGUGCAAAGUGAACUAUGUGAUGGAAGGUGACAGUGUUGUCCGAUGUUCCAUGGGAGUCUGGUCCAAAGCACCUCAGUGCAUGAAGCCCUGCUAUUUGAUAAUUCAGGAAAAACAAAUUAUACUGAAGCAUGGGAAUGAAUUGAAACUACUCUGUCCAUCUGGGAAUCCAACAACAAUAAGGUGUGAAAAUGGACAAAUACUUAAUACAUGUACUUAAAUCAAAAUGGAUAACUGCAAUUGAAGGGCACAAAUGCCGGAGAUAAUCCAUGGUCUUGGAAAAUACAUUCAGUUAUCUUAGGCUUUUGUGUUAUUCAAUGUUGUGAACAUUAACCAUCUGAGAAGUCUGUUAUAUUUUAUUCAUUGGAUUAAUUGUUCUGCGGUGGGCUGGCGCCCUGCCCGGGGUUUGUUACUUGCCUUGCUCCCUGUGUUGGCUGGGAUUGGCUCCAGCAGACCCCCGUGACCCUGUUUUAUGAUCUAGCGGGUUGGAUAAUGGAUGGAUUUAUUGAUUGUUUUAACUGGAGUAGUUUUAUGUGUCUCAGUUUUAAAAUAAUUUGUACUUAAAGUAUAUUGCUACUAGGAAGUAUAGUUAAAAACAGUAUAAUGAUUGUGAAAAAAUCUCUCUCAAAAAUGCAUCAAUAUAUUUGACCACACUGUAAUGUAAUGAACUUAAAAACAACAAAACACCUCUGCAAUGUAAGAGUUGGCUAAUCAAUGGUGUAUAUCUCAAAAUAAAAAUGAUGCUCCCAGUA